AGAUACUGGGAGCACACGUGCGUUCACCAAAAUGGCCGUCUUGACCGCGACAACGUAAAACAGAGAAAAGAGUUGUUUUUAGCGUUUAUAUGCAAACCUGAAGAUAUUCUCUUAUAUCAAGAUGAAGUGGAAGGUUCACAGAGUGCGAUUUGUGGAGUAUAACCCUAAGGCGAUUCACUGUUUGGCACUGGAAGAUGUUGCCGAUGGCGUACCAAAGCUGGCUGUCUCGAGAGCUGACAGCAGCAUUGAGAUCUGGAGUAUUGACGAUGACUGGUACCAAUCUCUAAUCAUUCCUGGGUCCAAGUGCUCGUCAGUGGAAUCAUUGGUUUGGUGUGGAAGCCGUCUUUUUACAGCUGGUCUUCAUGGGGAAAUAACUGAGUGGGAUUUAAACAAGCUUGUUCCUAAGCUGUCUGUUGACUCAUUUGGCGGGGCAGUGUGGAGCCUUAGUAUCAACCAUUCAAGGACAGUUUUGGCAGCUGGGUGUGAGGAUGGAUGCACUAGGCUGUUCAGUAUAUCUGAUGAUGAUCUUGUAUUCACAAAGGCUCUUGACAGUCAGGAAGGCAGGAUCCUUUCUCUGUCGUGGCAUGUGAGUGACAAUUUUCUAGUGACAGGCAGCUCAGAUAGCAUGGUCAAGGUGUAUGACCUGUCGACAGGAAGAUGCACCUUGCGCCUCACAAUGGAAGAGUUCACAUCCCGGUGCACCUUGAUUUGGGGUGUUUAUAUCACGAGCAAUUUCACUAUUAUCACUGGAGACUCGCUGGGAAACACACAGUUCUGGGAUGGGAAUCAAGGCACUCUUUUACAGAGUUACAACACCCACAAGGCUGAUGUGCUCUCUAUUUGCGUAAAUGAGGCACAAGAUACAGUGUUCUCUUCAGGUGUUGACAGCAAAGUUGUCCAGUUUAAACUAACAGCCACUAAGGGUGAGAACAAGGAAUGGACCAAGGCCUCAGUAAGCAGGCCUCACUCCCAUGAUAUCCGAGCACUUGUUAUGCUUGAUUCCAGGGAUCUACUCAUAUCAGGAGGUGUGGACACCAAGCUUGGUGUGUGUUCCAUGUCCAAGUUCCAUGAGGAACGUCCAAUGCUUAUAGCUUCAUUACCUCAUGCACAGAUUGUAAAGCUAGCGUCACAUGCAAAUAUCAUCAUGUGUCAGGAACAGUCCAUUCUGAAGCUGUGGAGACUUGGAGAAUCAGUUGAAGAUAUUACAAAAUUAGCCAAGUCCCCGUUGCAGCUUGUACAUAUAGCAGCCAAGAGUGACACUCACAUCCUAUGCAGUGCUAUUUCGCCGUGUGCUACAUGGGUUGCGUUCUCUGAUGUUCACCAUGUUAGCCUUUUUCGUUUGACAUUUAGUGAAGAUAAUAAGGCCAAGGUCAAAAGGGUUCUGCCUCUGCCAGGGAAUCUGUCCCCAGCUCAUCAACUCCAGUUUACUAGAGAUAGUUCAAGACUUGUGUGCGCCAACUGUGAAUCAAUACAGGUCCUUGAACUUGGUGAUGAGAUCUCAACCUGUGAUGUUUUCUCUUCCCCACUGCAAGGAUACUAUAGUGUGCGGCUGCAUAUUGUCUGUUCAAUUGUAGGAUACUAUAGUGUGUGGCUGCAUAUUGUCUGUUCUGUUGUAGGAUACUAUAGUGUGUGGCUGCAUAUUGUCUGUUCUGUUGUAGGAUACUAUAGUGUGUGGCUGCAUAUUGUCUGUUCAAUUGUAGGAUACUAUAGUGUGUGGCUGCAUAUUGUCUGUUCUGUUGUAGGAUACUAUAGUGUGUGGCUGCAUAUUGUCUGUUCUGUUGUAGGAUACUAUAGUGUGCGGCUGCAUAUUGUCUGUUCAAUUGUAGGAUACUAUAGUGUGUGGCUGCAUAUUGUCUGUUCUGUUGUAGGAUACUAUAGUGUGUGGCUGCAUAUUGUCUGUUCUGUUGUAGGAUACUGUAGUGUGCGGCUGCAUAUUGUCUGUUCUGUUGUAGGAUACUAUAGUGUGUGGCUGCAUAUUGUCUGUUCAAUUGUAGGAUACUAUAGUGUGUGGCUGCAUAUUGUCUGUUCUGUUGUAGGAUACUAUAGUGUGUGGCUGCAUAUUGUCUGUUCUGUUGUAGGAUACCAUAGUGGGCGGCUGCAUAUUGUCUGUUCAAUUGUAGGAUACUAUAGUGUGUGGCUGCAUAUUGUCUGUUCUGUUGUAGGAUACUAUAGUGUGCGGUUGCAUAUUGUCUGUUCUGUUGUAGGAUACUACAGUGUGUGGUUGCAUAUUGUCUGUUCUGUUGUAGGAUACUAUAGUGUGUGGCUGCAUAUUGUCUGUUCUGUUGUAGGAUACUAUAGUGUGUGGCUGCAUAUUGUCUGUUCUGUUGUAGGAUACUAUAGUGUGUGGCUGCAUAUUGUCUGUUCAAUUGUAGGAUACUAUAGUGUGUGGCUGCAUAUUGUCUGUUCUGUUGUAGGAUACUAUAGUGUGUGGCUGCAUAUUGUCUGUUCUGUUGUAGGAUACUAUAGUGUGUGGCUGCAUAUUGUCUGUUCUGUUGUAGGAUACUAUAGUGUGUGGCUGCAUAUUGUCUGUUCAGUUGUAGGAUACUAUAGUGUGUGGCUGCAUAUUGUCUGUUCUGUUGUAGGAUACUAUAGUGUGUGGCUGCAUAUUGUCUGUUCUGUUGUAGGAUACUAUAGUGUGUGGCUGCAUAUUGUCUGUUCAAUUGUAGGAUACUAUAGUGUGUGGCUACAUAUUGUCUGUUCUGUUGUAGGAUACUAUAGUGUGCGGCUGCAUAUUGUCUGUUCAAUUGUAGGAUACUAUAGUGUGUGGCUGCAUAUUGUCUGUUCUGUUGUAGGAUACUAUAGUGUGUGGCUGCAUAUUGUCUGUUCUGUUGUAGGAUACUAUAGUGUGUGGCUGCAUAUUGUCUGUUCUGUUGUAGGAUACUACAGUGUGUGGCUACAUAUUGUCUGUUCUGUUGUAGGAUACUAUAGUGUGCAGCUGCAUAUUGUCUGUUCUGUUGUAGGAUACUGUAGUGUGUGGCUGCAUAUUGUCUGUUCAAUUGUAGGAUACUAUAGUGUGUGGCUGCAUAUUGUCUGUUUUGUUGUAGGAUACUAUAGUGUGUGGCUGCAUAUUGUCUGUUCUGUUGUAGGAUACUAUAGUGUGUGGCUGCAUAUUGUCUGUUCUGUUGUAGGAUACUACAGUGUGUGGCUGCAUAUUGUCUGUUCUGUUGUAGGAUACUAUAGUGUGUGGCUGCAUAUUGUCUGUUCUGUUGUAGGAUACUAUAGUGUGUGGCUGCAUAUUGUCUGUUCUGUUGUAGGAUACUAUAGUGUGCGGCUGCAUAUUGUCUGUUCUGUUGUAGGAUACUAUAGUGUGUGGCUACAUAUUGUCUGUUCUGUUGUAGGAUACUAUAGUGUGUGGCUGCAUAUUGUCUGUUCUGUUGUAGGAUACUAUGUGUGUGGUUGCAUAUUGUCUGUUCUGUUGUAGGAUACUGUUGUGUGUGGCUGCAUAUUGUCUGUUCUGUUGUAGGAUACUAUAGUGUGUGGCUGCAUAUUGUCUGUUCUGUUGUAGGAUACUAUAGUGUGUGGCUGCAUAUUGUCUGUUCUGUUGUAGGAUACUAUAGUGUGUGGCUGCAUAUUGUCUGUUCUGUUGUAGGAUACUACAGUGUGUGGCUGCAUAUUGUCUGUUCUGUUGUAGGAUACUAUAGUGUGUGGCUGCAUAUUGUCUGUUCUGUUGUAGGAUACUAUAGUGUGUGGCUGCAUAUUGUCUGUUCUGUUGUAGGAUACUAUAGUGUGCGGCUGCAUAUUGUCUGUUCUGUUGUAGGAUACUAUAGUGUGUGGCUACAUAUUGUCUGUUCUGUUGUAGGAUACUAUAGUGUGUGGCUGCAUAUUGUCUGUUCUGUUGUAGGAUACUAUGUGUGUGGUUGCAUAUUGUCUGUUCUGUUGUAGGAUACUGUUGUGUGUGGCUGCAUAUUGUCUGUUCUGUUGUAGGAUACUAUAGUGUGUGGCUGCAUAUUGUCUGUUCUGUUGUAGGAUACUACAGUGUGUGGCUGCAUAUUGUCUGUUCUGUUGUAGGAUACUAUAGUGUGCGGCUGCAUAUUGUCUGUUCUGUUGUAGGAUACUAUAGUGUGUGGCUACAUAUUGUUUGUUCUGUUGUAGGAU